AUGAAGAAGGUCCAGGAGCACCAUCUCCGGGAGCCCAUAAUUCCAGACCUGCUGAUGACCCCCAGCGACCAAGGAGAUGGGGACCUGGAGAUGGAGUACCCAGCAGAGAGAGGGAACUGGACCGGGAAGCUGGAUUUCCUUCUCUCCUGUAUUGGCUACUGUGUGGGGUUGGGGAAUGUGUGGCGGUUUCCGUACAGAGCUUACACCAAUGGGGGAGGAGCUUUCCUUGUUCCUUACUUCAUCAUGCUGGCAAUAUGUGGGAUCCCCAUCUUCUUCAUGGAGCUCUCGCUAGGCCAGUUCUCCAGCCUGGGGCCACUUGCCGUCUGGAAGAUAAGCCCGCUUUUUAAAGGUGUCGGGAUGGGCACGAUCCUGAUUGUCUCUCUGGUGGCCAUUUACUAUAACAUGAUCAUUGCUUAUGUGCUCUUCUACCUCUUCGCAUCCCUGACAAGCAACUUGCCCUGGGAGCACUGCGGCAACUGGUGGAACACCGACCUCUGCUUGGAUCACCAGGUCAUCAAGGCAGGGAAUGCUGCCAUCCCAUUCAACAUCACCAACACCGUCAGCCCGAGCGAGGAGUACUGGAAUCGUUAUGUUCUGCAUAUCCAAGGGAGCUCUGGGAUCGGGGAUCCUGGGAGAAUCCGCUGGAAUCUGUGCCUGUGCCUACUGCUCUCCUGGGUCAUUGUGUACCUCUGUAUCCUCAAGGGAGUCAAAUCCUCCGGCAAGGUUGUGUAUUUCACUGCCACAUUCCCUUACUUCAUCCUGAUCAUGCUGCUCAUUCGUGGCGUGACACUGGAGGGGGCCUGGAUAGGAAUCAAGUUCUACCUCACACCCCAGUUUGAUCACUUGCUGUCUUCCAAGGUGUGGAUAGAGGCAGCUCUGCAGAUCUUCUACUCCCUUGGGGUGGGCUUCGGGGGACUGCUCACUUUCGCGUCUUAUAACACCUUCCACCAGAAUAUUUACAGGGAUACAUUUAUAGUCACCCUGGGCAAUGCCAUCACCAGCAUCCUGGCCGGGUUUGCCAUCUUCUCCGUCCUGGGCUACAUGUCGCAGGAGCUGGGCAUCCCUGUUAACCAAGUGGCAAAAGCAGGUCCCGGCUUGGCUUUCGUGGUGUACCCCCAGGCCAUGACGAUGCUUCCUCUUUCUCCACUCUGGUCUUUCCUUUUCUUCUUCAUGCUGCUGACCCUGGGCCUGGACAGCCAGUUUGCCUUCAUGGAGACCAUUGUUACCGCAGUGACAGAUGAGUUUCCUUAUUACCUGCGGCCCAAGAAGGCUUUUUUCUCAGCCAUCAUCUGUAUCGCCAUGUACCUGAUGGGGCUCAUUCUCACGACAGAGGGCGGGAUGUACUGGCUAGUCCUGCUGGAUGACUACAGUGCUGGGUUUGGACUCAUGGUGGUGGUGAUUACAACCUGCCUGGUGGUGACACGUGUCUAUGGCAUGAAGCGGUUCUGCCGGGAUAUUCACAUGAUGCUGGGCUUCCAACCAGGGCUGUACUUUAAAGCCUGCUGGAUGUUCCUGUCCCCGGCAAUGAUGAUGGCCCUGCUAGUGUACAAUAUAGUCAAGUACCAGCUCUCAGAGUAUGGGAGUUACCGUUUCCCAUACUGGGCCGAGGUCCUGGGCAUCCUGAUGGGGCUGUUUUCCUGCCUGAUGAUCCCCGCAGGGAUGGUGGUCGCGGUGCUCAGAGAAGAAGGGACGCUGUGGGAGAGAAUCCAGCAAGCCAGCCGGCCAGCCAUGGACUGGGGCCCUUCUCUGGAGGAGAACAGAACCGGCAUGUACGUGGCUACCUUGGCCGGCAGCCAGUCCCCCAAACCCUUGAUGGUCCACAUGAGGAAGUAUGGGGGAAUUACCAGCUAUGAGAACACAGCCAUCGAGGUGGACAGGGAGAUCGAGGAGGAAGAGGAGUCCAUGAUGUGA